AUGACUAUAAAGAAACCGCGUCAAAUCAACGCGGGAAUGCCAUUGCUUGGUACGGAUAAGAGUACCAAGCUGGAAGUAACAUUUCGAGGAUUCCGGACACGUUGUCUGUUCACUGAUCCGACAUCAUUGCCGCGAUCUCUUUGUCGCGCGCUUGUUCCGCCAAAGGGACGAGCGGAGAGUAUUCCUAAGACUUCCUCCGUGGCUAUGACAUCGGCGACGUUCCCUUUGGUUCCUGAAUCAUUAAAAUCGCGCGCAACGUACCUACCGGCGCGCGGCGAUGCGACAGAUGUAGGAGCGCUGCCGCGAGAGAAGACGCAUUUUUCCGGCGAGCCGCAAGAGAGCCGAGAGGAGAAAGGGAAAGAGAGUGAGAAAGACGAGGAGAAAAGGGGGCGAUAUGCAUCGGACAAGAGAACUACGGCGCGAGAAGCGAGAGAAAGGGAGGAGGAUGAGGAACAGGAGGAUGAGAAGGAUGAGGAGGAUGAGGAGGAGAGACAGAGACGAGAACCGCGAGUGCGGACAGAAGAAGCGUCCCCAUAG